AUGAAUCCUUACGAGGCUUACGGUUCCCCUCCUGCCGAGAGGUCACCUCGAUAUCGAUCCCGAGAUGAGGACUACGACAGAAGAGAUACAUAUAGACGACGGUCUCCUGUUGAAGACAGACGUCGUCCGGUCCCCAGGCCUCGAUCGAGAUCCCCAGUAGGUAUCGACCGCUAUCAGCCUGACCGCGAUCGGGAACGCGAACGACCAGCCCGAGAGGAUCACUAUGAUCCAAAUCGUACUACGGCCAGAGAAAGAGAUGAUCGCCGGAGAGCACCUUCCCCGACGGCGGCCAACAUCGACCGCUAUGUACCCGGCCAGGACGUGGCAAAGUCCGCCAUCAAAGUGAAUCCGCUAGCCAAUCCUUUGACGCUCAGUACGCAAGCUGGAUUUAGCUUCUUUGCCGACUGGUGGAGGUGCGAACAGCAGAUCAAGGAAGAAAAAGAAAGAGCGAGGCAUGGCGGGAGACGACCUUCUGAUCGCAUCAAGGGCGAUCGGGAAGCAAAGGAAGACCGUGAAAAGGAGCGAGCCAAGAUUCAGGAAGCAUAUGACCAGUACAAGCAAGAUUUCCAGGUGACAAUGGCUAGACAGUUCGUCUUGGCUCACAAAGGCGAGGAGUGGUUUAAGGAACGUUACGUCCCAGAGGUCAGAGAUCCUAUUCGGAAACGCCUGAUGGAGUCCCGCCAAGGUGUCUUUGAUCAAUGGGAGAAAGACGUGGACUCUGGCACUUUCGACGACUUCACUCUGGAAGGCAUCUACAAGAAUGACAGUGAUGGUGCUGGAGGCAUGGUUGAGAAAGAAGAGGGCGAAACCGUUGGUGGUGGUGAAGUCCUCGGCGUCUUGGAUCUAGUUCCAGCCAAAGGUGGUGAUCUGAAAGACGACUCGGUCAAUCAGCCUGCCCUUCUCAUCAAAACCCUCGCCCCAAAUGUCGGCAGAGAACGUAUUGAAGAAUUCUGCAAAGAGCACCUUGGUGAAGAAGAUGGUGGAUUUCGAGGACUGUCGUUGAGUGACCCUAACCCUGCCAAGAAGUUCCAUCGAAUUGGCUGGAUUAUGCUCAACCCAGCCCCAGAAGAAGAUGGCGAUGCCAUGCAGGAUGUCGAGCGGGGUGAUGGCCGGGACGAGGAAGGCGAGGAAGGCGAGGAGAAACCACAGGUCGAGAAGCAGUCAACCGCUCAAAAAGCGCUCGAGCUUGUCAACGGCAAAGUCAUCUCGGAUCCUGUACGGGGCGAUUUCACCUGUCACGUCGGCGUCCACAAUGCUCCUAGCGCACCCCGGAAGAAGGCUCUUUGGGACCUCUUCUCAGCUCCGGAGCGCGUUGAACGAGAUUACGAACUUGCUCGAAGAAUGAUCACGAAGCUAGAUGUCGAGCUAGGCCGGGAAGACUCUGCCAGCGGCGUCGCCAAAAUCGAUGCCCGAGUUGAGCAGAUGAGAAAUCAAGGCCUGCUGCUUCCACCUCCGAAGCCGAAGAAACCAAAUUUCGAAGACAACGAUGACGAAAUAAAAUUCGACGAAGAAGGGGAAGAAGGCGAAGAGAGCGAAGAGGAUCAAGACGACGAGGAGUUACUGGUGAUUAAGAAGAAGCUCGACCUCAUGGUGGAGUAUCUUCGACGUGUACACAACUUUUGUCUCUUCUGUGUUUUCGAGGCCGAUUCCGUUCAUGAGCUCGUUCGCAAGUGCCCUGGUGGUCACCUUCGACGACCCAGAGCUGGCUUGAGUACAGCAGCCAAAGCUGCUGCCCGUGCGAGCGCGUUGGGAGAACCUUUCCCCGGAAAGAAGAAGGAGAACGGAAUGGACGACGAGCCAAUGAGUCCUGUUCAAGAAAAGCGUUCUUCAAAAUUCAACAAGAAUGACCAGCAGCUGCUUCGAGCUUUCAACUGGGUCAAAACCUUUGAGGAAAAGAUACUUCAAAUUCUCGAACCCGAAUACGUGGAUCUGAAAAAGAUUGGAGGUAAACCCGUCGAGGAAGCGUUGGAGGAAGAACUCGCCAAGUGGGUCAAGCAAGAAGAUGAAGCCAAGUAUCGAUGCAAGGUGCCCGAUUGCACUAAGCUGUUCAAAGCAGAACAUUUCUGGAAGAAGCACGUGGAAAAGAGGCACGAGGAAUGGUACUUGGGUCUCAAGAAGGAUCUCGAGCUUGUCAACCAAUACGUCCUCGAUCCAUCCCACAUUGCACCAUCUCGGUCGGAUGCCAACUCCAACGGGCACUUUCCGCUACCCAAUAACCAUCAUCUCAACUCUGGCACGCCUCGAGGUUUCAGCCUACAGAAUAUGGGCAUGAACAUGAUGGCCUUUGGCCAGAAUGCGAUGAUCAACAUGCCAGGUAUGCAGGCACCGUUUGCAUCUGGCUUCGGUGCCGACGGUAUGAACGGUGGAAACCACACCGGCGGUCCGAUUCGUCGCGGUGGUGGCAGGUAUGGCAACAGAUCCGGACCCUACGAUCGCAAUGCACGCAACGGUCAACGAGGAUACAACAACAUGGGCGGUCUGCUCCGAGGCCAACUACCACCCAGUCUGAACCCUGCAUUCAUUGCUCAGGGUGGAGGCGGCGGCGGUGGGAAAUGGGGCGAUGGUGCAGGUGGCGGUAUGAACGCUAUGGGACCUAGGGAAGCUGUUCAAGGAAGAAGCAUAAAAAGCUACGAAGAUCUCGAUGCUGCUCCAAAUGGAAGCGGAAGUGGCACUGGUGCUCAAGCAGCAGCUCAAGCAGGAGCGGGCGCCGAGCUGGAUUAUUAG